UCGCCAUCUCCAAUUCCAAUAAACAUCAGCUACGGAGCGAGCACCUCACCAUCCAGUUCCAACUCUCUUCUUGCAAGUCUCAGCUUCCUUUGUUCCGGUCAAUUGGGUCUCUUUUCACAGCAAUCAUCUCAAACAUGGCUUCGCUAUUCCGAUCCGUCGCCCGUCCCUCCACCCUCCGAGCUAUUGCAGCUACCAAUCCCGCCCGAUGCCUGACCACCGCCGACAAAACAUUUAUUCGGACGAAGGCCACUCUCCCUGAGCUUUCCUACGACUAUGGUGCCCUGGAACCCGCCAUAUCCGGCAAGAUCAUGGAGCUGCACCACAGCAAACACCACCAGACCUACGUGAACUCCUACAACGAUGCCGCCGAUAAGUAUGCUGCCGCCGAAGCCAGCGACGACAUUGCUGCCAAGAUUGCUCUUCAGCCACUGAUCAACUUUCACGGAGGUGGCCACCUCAAUCACUCCUUGUUCUGGGAGAACCUCGCACCUAAGAACUCGGGCGGCGGCGAACCACCUUCGGGAGAGCUGUCAAAGGCGAUUGAUAGCACUUAUGGAAACUUGGAAGAGUUGAAGAAGAAGUUCAAUGCCGCUCUAGCGGGGAUCCAAGGUUCCGGUUGGGCUUGGCUGGUCAAGGACACGCAGACCGGCAACAUCUCGAUCCAGACAUACGCGAACCAGGAUCCUGUCGUCGGCCGAUACAAGCCAUUGCUGGGUGUUGACGCCUGGGAGCAUGCCUACUAUCUCCAGUACCAGAACCGGAAGGCCGAGUACUUCAGCGCGAUCUGGGAUGUCAUCAACUGGAAGGCUGCCGAAAAGAGAUUUGCCAGUUAAACAGACCACAGGAUCGAGAUAAUGUACAGCACGAGCAUGUAAUCCAAUGAAUCUUACAAGCCAGUAGCAAUGUGACGUUUCGGCGUGCAAAACUCGAGAACAUGGCAACCGACUCUUCUUGCUAUAUCACCCCUCACCUCUCCCAAUGCUUCAUGCCUUCCCCCAAAUUG